AUGGGACAGCCAGAGAAGAAGAGUCGCAAGAAGAUGUGGUGGAUUCUAGGCGCCAUCAUAGCCGUCAUAGUUAUCAUCGCCGCUGUUGUGGGCGGUGUCGUGGGAAGCCGGUCAUCUCGCUCCAGCUCCAAUAAGGACUCGUCCUCGUCAAAUAAUGGGGACGGAGACGGCAGCAGCGGUGGAAGCUCGGGCAACGGCACGUCGUCGUCUAAUACAACGGAGCCCCUCAAGAACAUCCGACCGAAUGCGAAGCUCGCUGUGACGGGAUACCGGAUCGACGACGGCUUCCGCAUCCGACUGUUCUUCCAAGGUCCGGAGGGCAACUUGCGCUACUCUGACUAUCUCAGCGUCAAUGAUGCCUGGUCCAACCCCAUCGAGCUGGACAAUCUCAAAGCCAUUAACGACACACCUGUGGCUAGUUCGACGUUGUUAGACGAAGACCCGCCGCAAGUGUACCUCUUUUACUCGGACAGGAACAACGAAUUGAAGGGCCAGAUCUUUCAAGAUGGUACGAGACCUGUCAAGGGUGACGCUGCGGGCAUCAACUCGUUUCCAUUAACAAUCGACGUUUCGUCACGCAUGGCCAGCUACUUCCCGUAUGUGGUAUCGCAAGACGCAAACACCGGUACCAUUCGGUGGAUCGAGUGGCAUGGAUUCAACGAUUGGUCAAACUCAACAUUCGACGGCGUGAAAGGUACUGCCGGCACUGGCCUGGCUUUAAUCCCCGCAGCGGUGAAGUACCUCGACGGCGGCGCAUUCGUCUACCGCAACGAGGAAGGCAAGAUGUCAAUCUUCCUCGCCAGCCAGGACGGUGACGUGCCCAGCACUUGGGCGUGGUCCUACGGAGCAGAGCUCGCGGCCGCGAUCCCAAAAGAAUCUGCCAUCGGCGCAUUCGUCUACGGACGCGAGGCAGACCUCAUCAACACCUACACGCUGUACCAGGACAGGAGCGGGACGCUGCAGGUGAUCUGGCAGAACGACACCAGCUCUGGCUGGCAGGGCCCGAAGACCUACGAUGCGCUCGCGGGUGCUGAUAAUGGCACCGACAUUACGUGUGUCACGCAGACAGCCUGGGAUGAGCAGGGCGUCAACAUCAGCUCCACGACGGACAUGAACAGGUGCUACUUCCAGAGCGAGGGCAAGGUGAAGGAGGUGAGGUUCGACGGGCUCAAUUGGCUAGAUCUAGGAUUCUUGCCUAUUACCUAA